AUGGAUCUGUUCGGCGAUUUACCAGAGCCAGAUCACACGAAAAAGCAGUCAUCAUCAUCAUCACUAAAACAGUCACCAAAUUUGCCAGUCAAGACAACUGUAGAUCAGUUGGAUGCUGGUCACAGAGGAGAGAAGAGACAGAUUCAGGCUGAGACUGCCGCAGACAGCAAUGAAACUAAAGGGAAACAGCAGAAGAAGGAAGUUGAAGAGAAAACACAUUCCAGUAUUGCAUACACAUUGAAGGGCUAUGUAGCAGAUCGUCAGGGGGAGAGAGAAGACAUGCAGGAUGCUCAUGUCAUCAUUGAUGAUUUUCUACCUUUUGUCCCUGGUCUGCAUGAAUCAGUACAUCGUCUAGCCCUGUAUGCAGUCUUCGAUGGACAUGGAGGGUCGAGAGCUUCCAGGUUUGCAUCACAACAUUUGCACAAUAAUCUGCGUGAUAAAUUUCCCAAGGGUAAUAUCGCCCAAGUGGAGAAAGAAAUCAAGAAAGUGUUCAUUGAAGCCUUUAAGAAAACAGAUGAGGACUUUUUGAAAGAAGCAGCCAGAAACAAACCCUCGUGGAAAGAUGGUACCACGGCUGUUGUUGUCCUUGCUAUUAACGACACCUUGUAUAUAGCCAAUUUAGGGGACAGUAAGGCAAUUUUAUGUCGCCACAGGGAAAAUGAAACAUAUGUUGGCAUUCCUCUCACAAAUGAUCACAGCCCAUCUGUGUAUGAGGAGAGAAUGAGGAUACAGAAGGCCGGAGGAAUAGUCAGAGAUGGCCGAGUGAUGGGUGUUUUAGAAGUAGCAAGAUCUAUUGGGGACGGACCUUACAAAAAUCAUGGUGUCACAUGUAUUCCGGACAUCAAGAGGUGUCAGCUCACAGACAAUGACAGGUAUCUUAUGAUUGCCUGUGAUGGUCUUUGGAAAAGUUACAGUGUGGAUGAAAGUAUACAGUUUGUCAACAAGAUAUUAGAAGAUGACACUAUUGUAGCUACAGGCAGGAGGAGCGCAGAAGAUGUCAAGUUUGACCAGGUUUGCAGCAAGUUGGCCAAUGCUGCCGUACUGAGGCUUAGUGGGGACAAUGUCACUGUGGUUCUUGUGUCUAUUCAUAAAAAACAAACGGCCAGCGAACAGUCUUAG